ACUCCUCAGAGCUUCAUGAUCCCAGUGGCUUGUUUGGGUAACUCGGUGUCAACAAUGUUUCCUUUGCUGGUUCUGGUGCUGCUGCUGCCAGUGUUGGCUCAAUAUUCCUUUGCUCUGCCUCUGCCUACUGGGAAGAAAGAAAACCUUGCUACAGAUAAGGUCAGGAUAGACGAUCUCUUAAUAGCUGAGAAAUACCUUCGUCACUUCUAUGGUCUUCCAAUUGGUCUCCAAGAUAGACAAUCGCCAUCAAAGGAUUUUAAAAACAAGGUCCAGCAAAUGCAAAGAUUUUUCAAGCUUCAGGUAACUGGAAAUCUUGAUGACAACACCCUGGAGGUCAUGAAGCUGCCCAGAUGUGGUGUACCAGAUGUUGGGGAGUACAACCACUUCCCGCGAGACCUCAAAUGGGAAAACAAGAAUGUCACAUUCAGAAUUGUGAAUUAUACUCCCGAUCUGAAGCAAUCUGAUGUGGACAGAGCAAUCCGAAAUGCGCUGAAUGUUUGGGCGGAUGUCACCCCUUUGACCUUCAAGAAGAUAUAUGACGGCAAUGCAGACAUUAUGAUCAGCUUUGGAACAAGAGAGCAUGGUGACCACAAUCCAUUUGACGGACCUGAUGGGCUGCUGGCUCAUGCCUACCCUCCAGGCUCAGGCAUUGGAGGAGACACUCACUUUGAUGAGGAUGAACAUUGGACCAAAGAUUCAUCAGCGUACAAUCUGUUUUAUGUAGCAGCCCAUGAGUUAGGUCAUGCACUUGGUAUGUCCCAUUCAUCGGACGCAGGUGCCCUGAUGUACCCGGUCUACUCGUUCGCCUCUGGCUUCCCACUGGCUGAAGAUGACAUUGAAGGCAUUCAGGCUCUCUAUGGUCCCAACCCCAAUCCUAGAAAAAGGAAGCCAAAACCCGAUGCACCUAACAAAUGUGAUCCUGAGUUGAGUUUUGAUGCUGUAACAGAAUUACGAGGAGAAACCAUCAUUUUCAAAGACAGGUUCUACUGGCGUCUCCAUCCACAGAUGGCAGAACCUGAGCAGACACUGAUCAAGUCCACAUGGCCCUCCCUGCCAAAAAAAGUGGAUGCAGCGUAUGAGUACCCAGAGAAGGAUUUAGUCUUCAUAUUUAGUGGGAUCCGUAUGUGGGCCUUGAAUGGAUAUUCACUUGUGGAUGGCUAUCCAAAGUACAUACAUAAACUUGGUCUUCCCAAAUCAGUUAGAAAGAUAGAUGCAGCUGUGCAUAUAAAAAACACUGGGAAAACUCUGCUUUUUGUCGAUGAAGAAUACUGGAGUUACGAUGAAGCAACAGGCACCAUGGACCCUGGCUUUCCGAAAUCUGUUGAGGAUGACUUUCCAGGAAUGCAUGACGAGUUUGAUGCUGUCACUUUUCAUCAGGGCUACUUGUAUUUCUUCCGUGAAAAUAUGCAGUAUGAGUACAGCUACAGAUUCAGGAAGGUGAUCCGCAUUAUGAGGACCAACUCCUUCCUCAACUGUAUGUAAGGAUACUGCUGACUAUAUGUGAACAGAUGAUAAACUGUCUAGACAAAUUGGGAUGGGAAAAAAACACACUGGGGUGUUAAAAUGAACAGAUUUAGGGUAUAAAAAAAAUAAAUGUCAAAAGAUUUGUGCUGGACACUGAAUUCCAUGUGAUUCUUCAGAAUUUUGUGAACUUAUAUUUAUUUUGCAUGUGUUGCUUAUUUAUACUGGAUGUUUUCUAACAGAUAUUCACCAUGAUGUCUGUAGGAAUUUCUUGACUGAAUUCACCUUACAUGGAUUCACACAUGUUCCAAAUAAAGUCUCAUUUCGUUUGUUG